ACAAUAUCAGUUAUCAAUGAAUAUAGUGCCAUAAAGCAUACUGAGUAUUAUCGCAGAUAGAUAAGUGACAACAGCCCUCUUAUAUGAAAGUUAUCUCAUGUCUUUCAUUAGUUUCCGAAUGGUACAAUCGGGUGCAGUGUCCUUUUUUGGGAGACUAAGAUUUGUGCCAACCGAAAACGGACCAUCAAUCUUUGCAAAAAUAUAAUCUUGCAUGAUAAAACUGAGGCUAUCACUACAAGAGAAUCCGUUUGCAAACAAUUGUUAUGUUCAAUCUGCAGCACACUCAAGAUAACAGUUAAGACUACUAUAACAACCACAGUAGUACUCACAACUCGUCCAGAGUAUGACUACUGAGAGGUAACAAAGAAUAAAUUAGAAGAUAAUAAUAAAGAAACAAAUAUGGACGCAGAAUUAAAUACAAAGUACGACACGAAGGAUCUCAAAAUGGAGAAGAUGCCUGAAGUGAAACAAGACGAACCAGACAAAUUGGUGAACGCCAUAGGACAGUUUGGGAAAUGGCAACUGAUGUUAUGGCUGCUGAUAGCUUCGCCAAUAAAGAUCUCAUCAGCAUGGCAGCAACUAGGGAUAGUGUUCUUAGCACCGCCUACAUCAUUCAUGUGUGUAGAAACGAAUCUGACGAACAUCAUAGAAAUGAACACGUGCUACAGUGAUUGUGUCGGCUAUAACUAUUACACGGACUUUGAGAACACCAUUAUAUCGCAAUUCGAGCUGAUCUGCGAGAAAGCUUGGUUGUCAAACUUCACGCAGACUAUUUGCAUGUUCGGUGUCCUGAUGGGCAGUAUCAUCUUUGGAUUUAUAGCUGAUCGGUAUGGAAGACGUCCCGCGCUGCUAAUUUCUUGCAUGCUUAUACUAGUAACAUCAGUCGGGGAGGCGUUCUGUAAAGUUUAUUGGUUAUUCACUGCAGUCCGGUUCUUCGUAGGAUUAGCAACUGCAGGCACUAUGCUCUGUUCCUUCAUCCUGAUGAUGGAAAUCAUCGGGCCAAUGAAGAGAGAGCUCAUGAACUGCCUCUGUGCACUACCAAUGCCUGUCGGACAAAUGCUGAUGCCACUGUUCGCUUAUUUCCUAAGAUCAUGGGAUAACUUCUGCUUGGGCGUAGGAAUUCCCCACGUAUUGUACCUGGCAUAUUUCUUCAUAUUACCAGAAUCUCCAAAGUGGUUAAUUUCCGUGGGCAGGCUUGAGGAAGCGAGUAAAGUUAUGACGCAAGCUGCUAAAUGGAAUAACCUUCCAACGGAUAACAUGCUAGACGUUGCCAAAAGUAUAGCCAGUGAGAAGGUGACCUCCAACGAGCCCCUUAGGAAGGCCACAUACUUAGACUUGCUGAAGACGAAAGUGCUGAGGAUCAACAUGUUGGGUUCCUGUAUUAUCUGGUUCGUGCUUGGUAUCAGUUACUACGGCAGCAACCAGUACAUUGGACAGACCAGUUCCAACGUUUUCAUUACUGUUCUCUUGGCUGGAGUACUGCAGAUCCCUGGUAUCUUGCUGAGUGGAUUCCUCUGCCGGUACUUCGGAAGGAAGAUCACAAUGAUCAGCUUCCUGAUCGUGUGUGGGGGGAGCAAUGCCUUCUUGGUGGUCCCUGAAGACUGGUUCGCCGUGAGAGUGACCAUGGGUGCCAUCGGUGUUGGAUGUGCCUCGGGAGCUUUCGCUACCAUGUACAUGUACACCACAGAAAUGUUCCCUACGGUAGCCCGUAACAUGGCUAUGGGAGCCUCCUCCACCGUCUCCCGAGUCGGUUCCAUGAUAUCCCCAUACGUGGCUGGCUUGACCAUCUUCGCUGCGUGGCUACCACCAGUAGCCUUCGCCAUCGUUCCUAUAGUUGGAGCAAUCACUUGCUACUUCUUGCCCGAGACCAGAGGCAAGGCGUUAUCAGAUCAUUUGUCUUAGUCCAAGACGGUAGCAACUAGUUGUGAAAUGUUUUGUCCUCAGUGUUUAUUUAUUUAUCGUUUAGUAAAUGGAUAGGGUCGUGAUAUUUUUUGUAACUGUACAUAAUAUGUUAUUCUUAGCUUUAAUUUUAAAUUAAGGACGUUUAUAAUUUUAGAUAUUAUAAUAUACAAAAGAUA